CACGGUUUGGUCACGUGCACGCUCCCCCCAGGGUCGGCUGAAGGGUUGUUGGACACAGGAGGCCCCCCCCCCUGUGAAACAUCUGUCUGGUUCCAGCUCUCGUGUUCUGUUUGUGCCGUCGGCGGGGUUGUUGCAUAAGUUACUGUAUCCAUUAAACAGUAACGCAGCUUCAGUCCAGCGCUUUGGACUUUAGCUCCAGACCCACGUUGGACAGAACACAAAUGAGACCCGGCAGCAGAUUUCCUCCCACAUCGGUGCAGACGGAGCUCCUCUUCAGUCAUGGUGACCUUUGAUGACCUCCUGGAGGAGGCGGGGGCCUUCGGCCGCUGCCAGAAGCGGAUCUUCGCGCUGCUGUGCCUCGUGUCUCUGCCCUUCGCAGGCGUGUACGCGGGCAUCGUCUUCCAGGGCUUCACGCCGGACCACUGGUGCCGGGACCCCGCGCUGGCGGAGCGGAGACAGGCGUGCGGCUGGAGCCUGGCGGACGGCCGCCGGCUGGCGGCGCCGCUGGUCAACGUCUCCGGAGAGCUGCAGCGCAGCAGCUGUGAGCGUUACGAGGUGGACUGGAACGUCACGGCGCUCACCUGCGAGGCGGAGGAGCCACACCUGAGCAGAGCCCCCGUCACGGCAUGCAAGGACGGCUGGGAAUACGACUAUGGAGGCAGGGAGUCGUUUGUCACAGAGUUUGACCUGGUGUGCUCGGACGGCUGGCUGGUGGACAUGUACCAGUCCACCCUCAACCUGGGCUUCCUGCUGGGCAGCUUUGCUUGUGGUUUCUUUGCCGACAGGUUCGGGAGGAAGAUGACCUUCCUGGUGUCCAACGCCAUCAACAUGGUGUCUGGGUUCCUGAUGGCGGUGGUUCCCGGCUACACCUCCAUUUUGGUCUUCAGAGCCGUCUUGGGCUUUAGUCUGAAAGGAGGCUGGAUGGCCACAUAUGUGCUGCUCACAGAGAUGGUGGGGGUAAAGUACAGACGCACCGUGGGAAUCCUGCACCAGAUGUUCUUCAGCAUCGGGAACCUGAUCCUCCCUCUGCUGGCCUACUUCAUCACGGACUGGCGCUGGCUGCAGGUCACCGUCACGGCGCCCUUCGUCCUCUUCAUGUCCUACUAUUGGCUCAUCCCAGAAUCUCCACGGUGGCUCAUCUCCAAAAAGCGUCUGUCCGAAGCCCUCCAGAUCACUGAAGCCAUCGCCAAGGAGAACAAGAAGAAGCUGUCCACAAAGUUUCAGGUGAAGUCUGCUCUGUGAUGGACAGGUGAGGACAGGUGCUAGUUGCAUCAGGCCUUGAUUGCACCAGGGGCUGGUUGCCUCAGGCAUUGGCUGCCUCCGGCCUUGGUU